UGAUGAGUUUUAGGCUUUAAAUCGGCGCUACAAACAGCUUGCAGUCAUGAUUUUGGAAACAAUAAGCCGAGUAAACUUCGCACUGCGACUUACAGUGCCGGUGAGACGGGUUCAUCACUCCUCAGAUCUCGUCCCCCCUCCUCAGCCGGUUCCUCCGUUAGCUCAGACGCUGCAGCGCUACCUGCUGGCGCUCGAGCCGCUCCUGCCUCCGGACGAGCUGCAGCACACGCGCAAGACGGUGCAGCGUUUCGGCGGCGCCGGGGGCCUGGGCGAGAGGCUACAGCACGGCCUGGAGAGACGAACCAAGCACUCGCACAACUGGAUCUCGGACUGGUGGGUACAGUGGGCGUAUCUGGAGAGUCGUCAGCCCCUGGCCGUUCACUCCAACCCGGCCAUCUCUCUGCCCCGCGGAGACUUCAGCGACUGGAGGGGUCAGCUGGAGUUUGCAGCAAAGCUCAUCUCUGCAGUUCUAGACUUCAAAACCAGAGUGGACAGUGGUCAGCUGGCUGUGGAGUUUAUGCGAGGCAGGCCCAUGUGUAUGGAGCUGUUCCCUCAUCUCUUCUCGUCCUGUCGGGUUCCGGGGCCGAAGCGCGAUCACGUGGUUCACUACGGCCGGCCCCGCCGAGGCCCCACCCACAUCACCGUGGUGAGAAACUACCAGUUCUUCCAGCUGGAUGUGUACAACAGUGAUGGAACUCCUCUCACUGAGGGUCAGAUUCACUCUCAGCUCUGUCGGAUUCGCUCUCAGUCCUGGAAGACCGAUAAGGAGCCCAUGGGAAUUCUGACCAGUGAGCAUAGACACACGUGGGGUCAGGCGUACAACCGACUGCUGCAGGAUAAGAUCAAUAAGGAGUCGGUGAGGCUGAUAGAGAAAGGAAUCUUCACUCUGUGUCUGGACUCUCCAGUCAUGACCAUCUGCGAUGAGAAGUACUCCAGCAGAAUGACGGCUCAGAUCCUGCAUGGAGGCGGGACUUACUCCAACAGCGGAAACCGCUGGUUUGAUAAAACGUUACAGUUCGUGGUGAGUGAAGACGGAUCAUGGGGGCUCCUGUAUGAACAGGCUACGGCUGAAGCUCCUCCAAUAGCUACACUGCUCGACCAUGUUCUGCACUACUGUAAGAAGCCUGAUCCGGUCCGAGCUCCUCUCGUCCCGCUGCCCAUGCCAAAGAAGCUCUACUUCUACAUCGACCGGGCUAUCAAGUGGGACCUGGAGAUGGCCAAGCAGAACCUCAACAUUCUCAUCAACGAUCUGGACAUCAGCUGCUUUAACUUCCAGAACUUUGGAAAGGAAUUCCCUAAACAGCUGAAGUUCAGUCCCAACGCCUUCAUCCAGGUCGCCAUCCAGCUGGCUUAUUACAGAGCGCACGGCGAGCUGUGUCCCGCCUGUGACAUCGCCUCAGUCCGAAUGUUUCGAGGAGGACGCAUCGACUACAUCCGCUCUCCCACCAAUCAGGCGCUCAAGUUCGUCCAGGCCUUUGAUGACCACGCCCUCUCUGUGGAAGUGAAGGUGGAGCUGCUGAAGGAGGCUGUGGAUGCUUAUAGUCAGCUGACCGAUCAGGCUCUGAAGGGACAGGGUAUUGACCGGCACCUGCUGGGUCUGAAGCUACAGGCUAUCGAGGAGGGACUGAGCGUACCCAGGAUGUUCAUGGACACGGCGUACGGGCUGGCCACACACUGGAAACUACGUACAGGACAGGUUCCAACUAACACAGACAGCGUGAUGAGUUUCGGGCCUCUGGUCCCCGAUGGCUACGCCGUCUGUUACAACCCACAACCGGAUCACAUCCACUUCUCCAUCACGGCCUUCAACUGCUGCGACGAGACCAACGCCGAGAAACUGGCUGUGACGCUGGAGAGCGCCCUCUACGACCUGCACAAGCUACUGCAGCCGCCUGUAUAGAAAUAACAAACUCCAUUACUGAACCUGUACAAGCGUUUAUUAAGAGAUGAAUCAUUAAAGAGCACUCCAUGUUAACACGUACAGCAGGACUGAAUCAGAAAGAAGUGUUAAAUCCUGUUUCAAUUUCAUUAGUAGCUGAGUACUUAAACAGACCAACCAGAAUCCUAAACCCCUCAGACAGACGCUACUACGAUUAAAUAGUAUAGAAAGAGUUGCUCGUCAGGUAUUAAAACAGACUAACCACAACAGGUCGCCAAUAUUUCACAUCGGAUCAGUUUGUGUAAUUAUUAAUGUGACUUUU